GAGAGGGAGUGUUAAAGGAGAGGAGGGCCCCCCUGGAUCCUCCUUCUAUAAAAGGAAAAGUCCUUAACCUCUCCUACCUUAUGCUCUGCUUGCUCCACAAGCCCUUUCCAAGGCGACUCACCCUACCUUUGGGCAGUAAAUUCCCUGAUGGCUAUCUCUCCGCCUGCCCCGGCUCCCUGCUGCUGCCCCUUCCCUCUCCCACUGUUCCCAUCCAGAGCCAAGGCCGGCCACCUCCUUUCUCUGUUCUGCCCUCCUGCUGCUUCCUCACCUGUUCCCCACUGUCCUUCCCCUGGGCAGUUCACUCAGAUGCCUCAGCUCUGGAAACCAGCCUCUAGGGGCAGAGGGCAGCUCAUGAGGGAGCCCUGAGAAAAGGGAAAGCACGCCAGUUUGGAGAAUGGGAGCGCAAAUUCUCCCGGAACCCGUGGCCUUUCUGUGCGUGUUGAGCAGGCCCUUUCCCUGCCUUCCUACCCCUCCUGGGGCUCUGUCCCACCAAAAAGGGAAAGAGACAGCUCAGAGCCGACUGGGGUUUGGGGAAGGGCUAUGUCAUCAGCUGGCCCAGUGCCUGUGAUCCAUCCGGCUGCUAGAGAUUCCCCUCCCCUGGGCAAGUCCCACUUUUUUUUUUAAAGGAAAACAAAAACUAGGAUUUUUGGGAAGCUAUGAGACACCCAUCUCCACCAAGCGGGCUCCUGUCUGAAUGGCUUAUAGCUCAGCCAAUCGCGGAAGCUCGGGAUGCUUAAAAGAGCUGGCGCGGAGAGAGGCUGGGAAGACCGAGCAGGGAGACCCACAGACACAUAGACACGGGAGACGAGGAGAGGCAGAGCCAGACAGUCUGAGGGAGCACGGAAGGAGUGCCCGGGAAGCUGCAGAAGACACGGGCAGGGAGAGACAGACACGGGAGAGGAAGGGGUGUGAGAGGAGAGUUUGGAGGAGCCGGGCCACUGGGCGCCUCUCCUAAGCCUGAGGGCCAAGUUUUCUCCAUCUCCUCUGAACGUCCCCGGCCCCUCUGAAAACUCUGCCUCUGACCUUGGCACCAGCCCGAGCCCCCGGGGCUGCAGAGAGGAGCUUUCCAAAGCCAAGGCGGGGAGGACUUGGUGCCCAGACGGCCUCAGUCCCUCCCAGCUGCAGCACCAAGGCCAUGUCCUGGACGGACCGGCAUCCCAGGAGGGGCUUGGCGGGGUGCUGGUCGCGGGGGAUCCGACCCCGCCUGCCACUCCCCACUGCGCCCGUCUCCCGGCUGGUGGGGCGGCUGCCACUGCUCCUGCUGGCCUCCCUCCUGCCCUCUGCCCGGCCGGCCAGCCCCCUCCCCCGGGAGGAGGAGAUCGUGUUUCCAGAGAAGCUCAAUGGCAGCGUCCUGCCUGGUUUGGGCGCCCCUGCCAGGCUUCUGUACCGCUUGCCAGCUUUUGGGGAGACGCUGCUGCUAGAGCUGGAGCAGGACCCCGGCGUGCGGGUCGAGGGGCUGACGGUGCAGUACCUGGGCCAAGCACCUGAGCUGCUGGGAGGGGCAGAGCCGGGCACCUACCUCACCGGCACCAUCAACGGAGAUCCAGAGUCAGUGGCAUCACUGCACUGGGACGGGGGAGCCCUGUUAGGGGUGCUGCAGUAUCGGGGGACCGAGCUCCACAUCCAGCCUCUGGAGGGAGGCAACCCUAACUCUGCCGGGGGGCCCGGGGCUCACAUCCUACGCCGGAAGAGUCCUGCCAGCGGCCAGGGCCCCAUGUGCAACGUCAAGGCUCCCCCCCGGAACCCCAGCCCCAGUCCCCGAAGAGCCAAGCGCUUUGCUUCACUGAGUAGAUUUGUGGAGACUCUGGUCGUGGCCGAUGACAAGAUGGCAGCAUUCCACGGCGCGGGGCUGAAGCGCUACCUGCUGACUGUGAUGGCGGCCGCGGCCAAGGCCUUCAAGCACCCAAGCAUCCGCAACCCUGUCAGCUUGGUGGUGACGCGGCUCGUGAUUCUGGGGCCAGGCGAGGAGGGGCCGCAGGUGGGGCCCAGUGCCGCCCAGACCCUGCGCAGCUUCUGUGCCUGGCAGCGGGGACUCAACACUCCCGAGGACUCGGACCCGGACCACUUUGACACAGCCAUCCUGUUCACCAGGCAGGACCUGUGCGGGGUCUCUACUUGUGACACUCUGGGCAUGGCUGACGUGGGCACCGUGUGUGACCCGGCUCGGAGCUGCGCCGUGGUGGAGGACGAUGGGCUUCAGUCGGCCUUCACUGCUGCUCAUGAACUGGGCCACGUCUUCAACAUGCUCCAUGACAACUCAAAGCCGUGUGUUGGUCUGAAUGGGCCUGGCAGUGCCUCCCGCCAUGUCAUGGCCCCUGUGAUGGCUCACGUGGACCCCGAGGAGCCCUGGUCCCCCUGCAGUGCCCGGUUCAUCACCGACUUCCUGGACAAUGGCUAUGGGCACUGUCUCUUAGACAAGCCAGAGGCGCCCCUGCAUCUGCCUGUGACUUUCCCCGGCAAGGACUAUGACGCUGAUCGCCAGUGCCAGCUGACCUUCGGGCCUGACUCACGCCAUUGUCCGCAGCUGCCGCCGCCCUGUGCUGCCCUCUGGUGCUCUGGCCAUCUCAACGGCCACGCCAUGUGCCAGACCAAGCAUUCCCCCUGGGCCGACGGCACCCCCUGCGGCCCGGCGCAGGCCUGCAUGGGGGGCCGCUGCCUCCACGUGGACCAGCUUCAGGACUUCAACGUCCCGCAGGCUGGUGGCUGGGGUCCCUGGGGAUCGUGGGGCGGCUGCUCUCGGAGCUGCGGGGGCGGCGUCCAGUUCUCUUCGAGGGACUGCACGCGGCCCGUCCCCCGCAACGGUGGCAAGUACUGUGAGGGCCGCCGCACCCGCUUCCGGUCCUGCAACACCCAGGACUGCCCGACGGGGUCAGCGCUCACCUUCCGGGAAGAGCAGUGUGCCGCCUACAACCACCGCACCGACCUCUUCAAGAGCUUUCCGGGGCCCAUGGACUGGGUCCCUCGCUACACGGGCGUGGCCCCCCGGGACCAGUGCAAACUCACCUGUCAGGCCCGGGCUCUGGGCUACUACUACGUCCUGGAGCCGCGGGUGGUAGACGGGACUCCGUGUUCGCCGGACAGCUCCUCCGUCUGUGUCCAGGGCCGUUGCAUCCAUGCUGGCUGCGACCGCGUCAUUGGCUCCAAAAAGAAGUUUGACAAGUGCAUGGUGUGCGGUGGGGAUGGUUCUAGCUGCAGAAAGCAGUCUGGCUCCUUCAGAAAAUUCAGGUACGGGUACAACGACGUGGUCACCAUCCCUGCGGGGGCCACUCACAUCCUUGUCCGGCAGCAGGGGACCCCCGGUCCCCGGAGCCUCUACCUGGCCCUGAAACUGCAGGACGGCUCCUACGCCCUCAACGGUGAAUACACGCUGAUCCCGUCUGCCACAGACGUGGCGCUGCCCGGGGCCAUCUGUCUGCGCUACAGCGGGGCCACCGCGGCCUCUGAGACGCUGUCAGGCCACGGGCCGCUGGCCCAGCCCUUGACGCUGCAGGUCCUGGUGGCCGGCAACCCCCAGAACGCUCGCCUCCGGUACAGCUUCUUCGUGCCCCAGCCGCUCCCUUCCACGCCGCGCCCCACCGCCCAGGACUGGCUGCACCGAAAGGCACAGAUCCUGGAGAUCCUCCGGCGGCGCUCCUGGGCCGGCAGGAAAUAACCUCAUCGUCCCCGCUGCCCACUGUGGGCACCGGGGCCUCGGACUGAUCGGGAAGCAGAGGGGGCCUCUGCGGCUGCCUCAUGGGGCCAUGGCGGCCCGGGCUGAGCCGGCGAGGCCUGCCUCUCCCCGACCCUGAUGCGCAGGCUGGCCCUGCCCUGGUUUCCUGCCCUGGACGGCAGUGACGGGUGGUGGGUGGCAGGGGCUGGGGACAGUCCCCCAUCAAAACUGCCCCCUCCACCCUGCUGGGCACAGGAGGGAGGGGGGAGGGGGGGGUGGCAGUUGUAUUUAUUUAGUAUUUAUUCACUUUUAUUUAGCACCAGGGAAAGGGAUGAGGGCUAGGGUCCUGGGGAAACUGACUUCCGCCCCUCAUAACCCUCACCCCGGCUAGGAAUCCAGGGUGGUGGUGGUAGGCGUAACUGCUCGGUGUGUGUGUGUGUGUGUGUGUGUGUGCGCGCGCGUGUGCGCGUGCGUGUGUGUGUGUGUCUGUGCGUGUGUGUUCACAUUUAAGGUACAUCCUGCCCUGCUUUCUUCUCCCUGAAUUUUUCUCUGGGAGAGGAGCAGUCAGGGGGAGGAUAGGCCUUCAGGGAGUAAGGGAUUAUCAUAUUUUUAAAAUAUAUAUUGAAUUCCGCUAUUUAUGUGCUCCUCUGGGAGUCAGACAGAUGUGGGCUUGCACCCUGGCUCCACACCUCUGAACGUUCGUCUCCUCAGUUGCCAAUAGUAAUGCCUCCCUUGGAAAUUGUUGUGAGGACUAAGUAAUGUAAAUAAAGAACCAGCAUAACGCG